AUGCACCAGACCAACGGCAACGGGACAGGCCCCCAGACCGGCGCCGUCACCCCCCGCUCCUCCGCCUCACUGCGUCAGCUGGCGGUCUCCCACGGGUCCCUUGAAACCUCCUUCUCAAUACCAACGGGCCUCCAUUUCCACGCGACCCGCCUGAAGGAUAGCUUCAUCGCCAGUCUCCCCGCCCCGACGGAUGAGUUGGCCCAAGAUGACGAGCCCUCGUCGGUUCCGGAGCUGGCCGCCCGGUACAUGGGACAUGUUGCACGAGAGGUUUCCGCUGGGGAAGACGAUGCGCAAGGCUCGGCCGAGGAAGUUCUCAAGCUUCUUUUGAAUGAAUUCGAGAGGACGUUCCUCAGCGGGAAUGAUAUCCACGCCCUGGUGGCGUCCCUCCCGGGCAUCGAUGCCAAGAAAAUCGAAGUCAUUCGCAGUUACUACGCCGCGAGGGCAGCGUCAAACCGUGCGAUCAAGACUCACGAAUCGGCUUUGUUUCGUGCAGCUGAGGAUGGCGAAGCCAAGAUCUACAACAUCUUUGGCGGCCAAGGGAACAUCGAAGAGUACUUCGAGGAGCUUCGGGAGCUCUAUUCAACAUAUCCUGCCUUCAUUGGCGAUCUGGUCUCGUCUUCGGCCGAGUUAUUGCGGACACUUUCUAGCCACCCGAAUGCAGAGAAGAUGUAUUCAAAGGGACUGGACGUUCUCGGCUGGCUUCAUCACCCGGAGCUAACCCCGGACGUUGACUACUUGGUCUCGGCGCCUGUGAGCUUCCCCCUCAUCGGGCUUGUGCAACUGGCGCACUACCAGGUCACCUCCAAGGUGCUUGGGUUGCACCCUGGCGUGCUGCGCGAGCGGAUUAGUGGGACUACCGGGCAUUCGCAAGGCGUCGUCCUUGCAGCCAUCACAGCGGCUGCAGACUCAUGGGAGUCCUUUGAGGAGUAUUCCAAGUCCGGCCUCACGAUCCUGUUUUGGAUCGGUGCCCGCAGCCAACAGACGUUCCCGAUAACGUCCCUCAGCCCGUCCAUGCUCCAGGAUUCGAUCAGCCACGGAGAAGGUGCCCCGACACCCAUGCUAAGCAUUCGUGACCUGCCCCAGGCCGAUGUGCAAAAGCACAUCGACCAAACGAAUCAGUAUCUUCCGGAGGAGCAACACAUUUCUAUCUCCCUCAUCAACAGCCCGCGAAACUUGGUUGUUGCUGGUCCCCCACGCUCGCUGUGCGGUCUGAACGCCCAGCUUCGUCGAGUCAAGGCCGCAACCGGUCUAGACCAAAACCGCGUCCCUCAUACGCAGAGGAAGGUUCGGUUCGUCAACCGCUUCCUACCGAUCACCGCCCCGUUCCACAGCAAGUACCUUGCCAAAGCGACUGCGCUGAUUGCGGACGACCUCAAGGAUGUCGAGAUCGACGUCAAGCGCCUCGGUAUCCCCGUGUACAACACCAACACCGGCAAGGACAUGCGGGAUGAGGUCACCGGCAAUAUCGUACCUGCUUUGGUCCGCAUGAUCACCAAUGAUCCAGUUAACUGGGAGAGGGCCACCGUGUUCCCCGGGGCCACCCACGUUCUCGACUUUGGUCCGGGAGGCAUCUCAGGUCUCGGUGUUCUAACGAGCCGGAACAAGGAUGGUACGGGCGUCCGUGUCAUUCUAGCUGGCACGGUGAGUGGCACGGUGACCGAGGUUGGCUACAAAUCCGAACUCUUCGACCGCGACGAAGAGCAUGCCAUCAAGUAUGCUGUCGACUGGGUCAAGGAGUACGGCCCGAAGCUCGUAAAGACGUCCAGCGGCAAGACCUACGUGGACACAAAAAUGAGCAGACUCCUCGGCCUGCCCCCACUGAUGGUCGCCGGCAUGACCCCCUCCACGGUGCCUUGGGAUUUUGUGGCUGCCACCAUGAACGCCGGGUACCAGAUCGAGCUAGCCGGCGGUGGCUAUUACAAUGCUAAGACGAUGACCGCGGCCAUCUCCAAAAUCGAAAAGGCAAUCCCCCCAGGCCGUGGUAUCAGCGUCAAUCUGAUCUACGUCAACCCCCGCGCGAUGGGCUGGCAGAUCCCCUUGCUCGCCCGCCUGCGCGGGGAGGGUGUGCCCAUCGAAGGACUGACCAUCGGCGCCGGCGUCCCGUCCAUAGAGGUUGCGCAAGAGUAUAUCGAGACGUUGGGCCUCAAGCACAUCUCGUUCAAGCCCGGCUCGAGCGAGGCCAUCCAGGCCGUCAUCAACAUUGCCAAGGCUAACCCGACGUUCCCUGUCAUCCUGCAGUGGACGGGUGGCCGUGGAGGCGGUCAUCACUCAUUCGAGGAUUUCCAUGCGCCCAUUCUAGCCAUGUAUGGGCGCAUUCGCCGCCACGAGAACAUCGUCCUUGUUGCCGGCAGUGGUUUUGGCGGUGCCGAUGAUACGUAUCCGUACCUCACCGGCGCGUGGUCCACCAAGUACGGUUACCCCCCCAUGCCGUACGACGGUUGCCUGUUUGGCAGCCGCAUGAUGGUUGCCAAGGAAGCCCACACCAGCAGGGAUGCAAAGCAAGCCAUUGUCAACGCUCCUGGUCUUGACGACGAGGACUGGGAGAAGACAUACACUGGACCAGCGGGCGGUGUCAUCACGGUGCGCUCCGAGAUGGGCGAGCCCAUUCACAAGCUUGCCACACGCGGUGUGAUCUUUUGGGCUGAGAUGGACGCCAAAAUCUUCAGCCUGCCCAAGGAGAAGCGGGUUCCUGCGCUGAAGCAGAAACGCGAAUACAUCAUCAAGAAGCUGAACGCCGACUUCCAAAAGGUCUGGUUUGGGCAAAACAAGGAGGGCAAGGCCGUCGAUCUCGAGGACAUGACCUACGGCGAGGUUGUCCGCCGCAUGGUGGAACUUCUCUAUGUCAAAGACGAGGCCCGCUGGAUCGACCCCUCCUUCCAAAAGCUCACGGCCGAUUUCAUCGGCCGAGUGGAGGAGCGGUUUACCACGGGCCCCGGCCAGGUCUCGCGCCUUCAAAGCCCCGCGGGCCUCAGCGAGCCGUAUUCCGCCAUCGAAAGCAUUCUCUCGCAAUACCCCGAGGCUGAAAAUCAGCUGAUCAACGCCCAGGAUGUACAGCACUUCCUGCUGCUCUGCAUGCGCCGCGGACAAAAGCCGGUGACAUUUGUGCCGGCGCUAGACGAGAACUUUGAGUUUUUCUUCAAGAAGGACUCGCUCUGGCAGUCGGAAGACCUCGGUGCCGUGAUUGACAAGGAUGUGGAACGAACCUGCAUUCUGCAAGGCCCCAUGGCUGCGAAGCACUCGACCAAGGUCGACGAGCCGGUCAAGGACAUUCUGGACGGCAUCCACAACGGCCACAUCGAGGGCCUCACCAAGGACCUGUACGGCGGCGACGCGUCCACGAUCCCCACUGUCGAAUACUUUGGUGGCAAGCUCUUUGAAACGGAGAUCUCGGACGACUUCGAGGCCCUCACUGUCUCGGAAGGCACCAACAAGAACACGUACCGAUUGUCCUCCGCGCCGACCGCCCAGUUGCCGCCGCUUGAGGAUUGGAUCUCGAUCCUUGCUGGUUCGAACCAGAACUGGCGCUAUGCGCUGCUCCAGUCGGAUGUGAUCGUCCAGGGACAACUGUACCAGACCAACCCGAUCAAGCGGAUCUUUGCGCCCGUUCGUGGUUUGGUCGUCGACAUCCUGCAUCCGAAUGACCCCGCCAGAAUGACGAUCGUGGUCAAGGAGCAGCCGAGGCAUGACCAGUAUGUGGAUGUCAUCGAGGUCAAGCUGGUGGGCAAGAACGAGAUCGUCGUCAACAUGAUCAAGGAGACAACGGCCCUGGGUCAGCCCGUGGUCCUGCCACUCCGCUUCGUGUACCGCCCGGAGGCCGGUUAUGCCCCCAUCCACGAGGUCAUGGAGGACCGCAAUGAUCGAAUCAAAGAGUUCUAUUGGCGUGCGUGGUUCGGUAAUGACCCGUUGGACCUGGAUGCCGACGUCACCAGCCAGUUUGACGGCGGCCAAGCCACCAUCACUAGCUCAGCCAUUAAUGACUUUGUCCAUUCCGUAGGAAACCAGGGCGAAGCAUUUGUGGACGGGCCGGAAAAGGUCAUGUACGCGCCAAUGGACUUUGCCAUCGUGGUGGGCUGGAAGGCCAUCACAAAGCCGAUCUUCCCCCGCACCAUUGAUGGUGACCUGCUCAAGUUGGUCCAUCUUUCGAACCAGUUCCGCAUGAUGCCCGGUGCCGAGCCCUUGAAGAAAGAUGACGUGGUUACCACCACGGCUCAAGUCAAUGCUGUGAUCAACCAGGAAUCCGGUAAGAUGGUCGAGGUGUGCGGCACCAUCACGCGCGACGGCCAGCCCGUCAUGGAAGUUACCUCUCAGUUCCUGUACCGAGGCGUGUACACCGAUUUCGAGAACACCUUCCAACGUAAGGUGGAGACCCCGAUGGAGGUGCACCUGCAAACGACCAAGGACGUCGCGGUCCUCCGGUCCAAGGGCUGGUUCAUCAUGGACGACAUCGCGAAUCCGGAGAUUGAGCUGCUCGGCCAGACUUUGAUCUUUCGCCUGCAGAGCCUUGUCCGCUUCAAGGACCGGUCGGUCUUCAGCCGGGUCGAGACUCGGGGCCAGGUCCUCGUGGAGCUGCCGACCAAGGAGAUCAUCCAGGUGGCCAGCGUCGACUACGAGACCAACGACGCGCGCGGCAACCCGGUCAUCGACUAUCUUGAGCGCCACGGUUCGUCCAUCGAGCAGCCGGUCUACUUUGAAAACCCCAUUCCGCUGGGCGGCAAGAAACCUCUCCCGCUCCGCGCUCCGGCCUCCAACGAGAACUACGCCCGCGUGUCUGGGGACUACAACCCCAUACACGUCUCGCGCGUGUUUGCCGCCUACGCCAACCUACCAGGCACCAUCACGCACGGCAUGUUCUCAAGCGCAGCUGUCCGCAGCCUGGUCGAGACGUGGGCGGCGGAGAACAAGAACGGGCGUGUCCGCAGUUUCCACGCGUCCCUCACGGGCAUGGUUCUGCCCAACGACGAAAUCAAUGUCAGGCUGCAGCACGUGGGCAUGGUAGCCGGCCGCAAGAUCAUCAAGGUGGAGGUUAUCAACAAGGACACGGAGGAGAAAGUGCUACUUGGCGAGGCUGAGAUUGAGCAGCCCGUGACAGCCUACGUCUUCACUGGCCAGGGUUCUCAGGAGCAAGGCAUGGGGAUGGACCUAUACGACAGCAGCCCUGUCGCCAAGGAGGUUUGGGAUCGUGCCGACAAGUACCUGAUGGACACAUAUGGCUUCGCCAUUACGAACAUUGUCCGCAACAACCCCAAGGAACUCACUAUCCACUUUGGCGGGCCCCGCGGCAAAGCCAUCCGCCAGAACUACAUGGCCAUGACCUUCGAGACCGUGGCGACCGACGGGUCUAUCAAGUCGGAGCGGAUCUUCAAGGAGAUCACCGACAAGACGCAGUUCUACACGUACCGCUCGCCAACGGGUCUUUUGUCCGCGACGCAGUUUACGCAACCGGCGCUGACGCUGAUGGAAAAGGCAAGCUUUGAGGACAUGAAGGCUAAGGGUCUGGUGCCGCGUGAUAGCACUUUUGCCGGCCACUCGCUCGGCGAGUACUCUGCAUUGGCCGCACUGGCCGACGUCAUGCCCAUCGAGUCGCUAGUAUCCGUUGUGUUUUACCGUGGGUUGACCAUGCAGGUUGCCGUGGAGCGCGACGCGCACGGAAGGUCAAACUACAGCAUGUGCGCGGUCAAUCCGGGCCGCAUCAGCGACACGUUCAACGAGGAGGCCCUUCGGUUCGUCGUCAGCAAUAUUGCCGAGACUACCGGCUGGUUGCUCGAAAUUGUCAACCUGAACGUGAUCAACAUGCAGUACGUCUGCGCCGGCGACCUCCGCGCACUCGACACGCUUGGCUCGGUCUGCAACUACCUGAAAAUCUCUCAGAUCGACAUUGAGCUGCUGCGCAAGAGCGUUCAGCCCGAGGAGGUCAAGGAGAAGUUGGUUGAGAUCAUCAAGGGCUGCGCCGAGAAGACGCUCGCCAAGCCCAAGCCCCUGGACUUAGAACGCGGCCAUGCCACCAUCCCCCUCAAGGGUAUCGAUGUGCCCUUCCAUUCGACGUUCUUGCGCUCGGGUGUCAAGCCUUUCCGUAGCUUCUUGCUCAAGAAGAUUAACAAGACAACGAUCGACCCCAGCAAACUGGUGGGCAAGUACAUUCCCAACGUGACGGCCCGGCCGUUUGCCAUCACCAAGGAAUACUUCGAAGAUGUGUACCGUCUCACCAACUCGCCCAAGAUCGGCAAUAUUCUCGCCAACUGGGACUCUUACCAGGACGACAGCGGUGCGCUGGCCUCAGCCCUGGCGAACGGCGCGGGCUCGGAGUAG